CCGUGGCGUGAAGACAAGAGUGUUAGCAGCACCUUCUGUCACCUGCAGGAGCAAACAUCCCGCGCCAAAGGAGCUUCAGGCGUGUCGAGUUCUAUAUAAUUUCUUGUAUCGCGUUUCCCCCCGUCAUUUCCCCGUCAGCGAGUCGAGAGCGAGAGAGUCCACUAAUUAGUUUGGCAGCCGAAUCCUUCCCUUGACUGCUUUCUUUACCAACGUCACCCUGCGUGAUCCUGAACUCUCCUCCUUUCGCAACUUUGAACUUUCAGGAACUUAUGCGCUGUUGCCGCUGUCGUCACAUCGUGUGCGUAAUCUCGCCACCAAAGUGUGUUGGUUAUUUGCAAUUGACUGUACACCCAUCCUAGUUGAAGAGGUGGACGUGAAGGGAGUGUCUGUCCUGUCACAGCGCGUACCGGUGGCCCCAGCCAGGUCGUGUUGCCCCCGAGGCCUGGAUACUUGCGUUACCGAGCCGAGCCGAGUAAGGCGAGAGACGAGUAAAGAAGAAACCUGAAGCCAGUGAACGAAGUCCUCUAGCAAUCAACAUGCUGCACAACUCUGGAGCAGGUGGCACAUUGUGUUCUGCAAUGGCUGCCACCUGGACACCGAAGCAUGCUGACGUGGCCACCGUCCAGCAACCCGUACACGCCACCUAUCAACAGGUAAACAUCGCUUCAUCGCAUCAUCAUCAUUCGGCCAGUACCAACGCCGCUGCUGCGGCCAGUUUCCACCAUGUUCAUAGGCAAGCAGCAGCAGCUCCGACAGGCGCGGACUUCACAGCGAUCCAGUUCGCCAAGCAACCGUGCAGCAACGGACAUCAAGUCCACCACCCACAACAACAGCAGCAACACUCUUCGUUGGAGCAUUCCUUUGCCAACGCCUCUAGCUCUUGGUUGCCACCACCGGCUUCAAACAACCACGUGUCUCCACCUCCGCCUCGCGGACCUUGCCUAAAUGUGCCUAUUUACCCGCUAUCCACCUCGGCACCAGUCACGCAGGCCAUAUGCCCACAACAACAGCAGCAACAGCCGGUGACGACCAUGCCAAUACCGACCCAGCCAUCAGCACAGACAGGCAGUGGAGAGCGACUACAAGGAGCUGGUAGUCACAGCAAUCUGUCGAGCACAAUGCAUUCCCAGUCCCCACCGACUGCUGGCCCCGUACCCAUCCAGGUGAUGAUGCCUGUGUCUAUUUCAGCACCUAGCCAAACCAGCCAACUCGCUUACCAACACCAGCAGCAAGCUGUGCACCACCAGCACCAUCAGCAGACCAACAGGUUCACGCAGCAGCCCGCACCAUGCCUGUCCCACUCAUCACCAGAAAGGCCAGCGUUCUUUCACAAUGUCCCGGCCGUCAGCAUUCAUCAGACACCGUCCAACUCGCUGCUGUUCCACGAGCCUAUCACACAGAAGCAGCGCACACGGCCAUUGCGGGACUGGAUACUGUCCAAUCGCAGUCACCCCUACCCGAGCCGAGACGAGAAGCUGGCACUGGCCAUGCUAACUCAUAUGCGCGUGGACCAGGUGACGAUGUGGUUUGCCAACACACGCCGACAGAUCCGGCGCAUCGGUAUGAAGGCCUGGUCUGGCGGCAUGUUCGACACCGCCCUGCCGUACAGAAUUGGCAACGGAGCUAUCAUUCCAGCUGCCAGUGACGACGGAGUGAGCGGUGACGAGGAGUCUAGUGGAUCGCUUGCUGACAGCUCGUCGCAUGUACCUACAGAUAGUAGUGGUUCGUUGGACUAAGACUUGAAGAAGACGAACACGUUCGAC